UAUUUUUACAGAAACUUAUCCAGAAUUGAUUACUUUAAAUACUAAUAUUUUAGAAUUACAAAGUAUUUAUCAAUCUACUUAUAAUGAAAAAAAAAUUUUUGAUGAACUUUUAGAAGAAAAUAAUGAUAAUGAUAAUAUUUUAAUUAGUGAACUAUUUUAUAAUAUUGACAAUAAUAUUUUUUCUAAAAUACAAAUUAACUAUUUUUAUAAAAUAUUUAAUCAAAAAUUCGAGUUUUUUGUUAAAAAUUUUGAUAAAAAACAAAAAGAACUUACAGAAUAA